GUUCGUACGGUUAUUUACAGUUAAUGGGCUGUGUAUACAGUAAUGCACAUGUGAAUUUUUUCUUAUCAGUGAAUGUAAAUAAAGUGAAUUGGUUUUAUCAAAUAUUUUAAUUAAAAAAGUAGAUUUAUAAGCAUGAACGGCUUAAUUGUGUUUAACAGUGCCAACGAUGUUGUUUUCCAGCAACUAAAUACCGCAUUGGCUGAGCAUUUCUUCGUGAAAAAUCCCGAUCUAUUUCCGGAGAAUGCAACUGCAGCUUCGAUAGAUGGAAAUAUUAUCUUGCAGAUUUUCAGUCCAAUUAUCAAUUCCCAACGUAUAAUGCAUUGCCAAUUUGACAAUACCUACUCAAGUUUUCAAUGCGAUAAUGGACUGAAUUUUGCCUUUGGUGACCUAUUGGGAUAUACAUUUGUAAAAAUUGGACAACGUUCAGUAGAAAUACUCAAACGUCAUCUCGGAGUGGCUAUUGCGCUGGCUCGCCAUCUGUAUGGUGCAAAUUUAUUUGCUACACAAGCUAGCAGCGUACAGGAGGAACUGCUGUCAACUUGCAUAGAAAGCUAUGAAGAACAUUUGUGGGAUGAGGAGCAAAGCAUGCUGCUUGAAGCGCUACCACGAUUGCUUGUCAAUAAUGAACUUAAUCGAGUAGUUCACAUUGCCCUGGAUGCUGCAUUAGAACGUCUUCGUGACAUGGGUCAUCAACGAGCACAUGCCCUGGUAUUUGCCACAAAUAAGUUUGUCGCAUCGGCUACAUCGAAACAAGCGCUCGCUAUGAGUCCAUCUGAUCUGGUAUUUCUAACAUUACUUUCACGCUCUUUACAACGUCAACACCGCCAACUUAAUCGUUCUGUAGCAGUAUUUUUGCAAGGCGUUUCCCAUGACCCACAAUCCGGUUGUGUACCAUGUAUCGCACACUUGUCGCAGCUAUCGAAAGGUGUGUUGCUGAUCCAAGUAAUCGAGUAUGCAAAUCUGCAUGUAGCUAGCAGCAUGUAUGAUACUUUCUUUGUGUUACAAAAAAUCAUAACUCUGCAACUACAAGGCGACGCGGAUGCAAUGAAGCCCACUUAUGAUAGCCUUGAAUCCUUUGUUAAACAAACAUUAGAGGCACUCAAGCGCUCGAAGUUAAAAGCUGAUGAAGUGGAUACCUCAUUGAAGAAAUUCAUUAGUAAAUGGGAUAACUUAAAGAAGAUGUAUGCGGAUUUCUUUCGUUCAGUGGAGAGAGAGUUAUUGGUACGAAUUGAGUCCAACAUUCCAUCAUUUAUGGAUGAAUUGAAACAGCUUUUUACACUGACAUGCUGUGACAGCUCCAGCAUUGCUUUAGAUCAGCUACCAGAUGUGGCUGCACUAGUUGAAGGCAAGAUUUUGGAAAUUUCUGAAUUUUUGGCCGUCAAAGCAGAGCGUAACAUUACAAUUGAGGCUUAUUUGGAAGAUUUUCCUGGACUCAUCCAUUUUGUCUACGUUAAUCGUACCACAGGCCUGAUGAUUGCUCCCGAUUUGCGUGCAAAUCAACUUAUUUCCAAGCAACGCUUAUGGUCAAUGGUUCAAUUCACACGCAAUUACUUGAAGAAAGGUCAUUCUACUGUAAUGUGGAAGGAUAAAACUUUCAACUACUCGUAUUUUCUUUGGUUUGAGGACCAAUCAGGUGGCCCUAUGAAAUCAAUCGAUAUGCAACAACAUAUGUUGACUUCGGCAUUGUCCAGUAACGCUUUCAAAUCGCAAUUCGAACCGGGUCUACUUGCCGCUGACUAUUAUCAACAGCUCGCUGAAGUCUGCUUCCCCAAGGUGACGCCUGGUAAAAUAAAAUGCUACGAACUCUUUUGUAUUCACUUGGGAUUAGUGACUUCAACUUGCGCUGUGGAGCAUUCUCGUCGUCUUGUGGCAACAAUAGCCGAUUUGGCGGGUGGAAAUAAUUAGUGGAACUAAAAAUAUAUUUCGUAAUUUAGCUUAAAUUGGCACAUUCCAAAGAUACUCAUUAGAUAUUUUUUUUUUAUUUUACAAAAUUUGUUAUUUGUAAGAUUCUUUUAACUUGAGCUUUAAAACUUUAGGAUUUAACAUAAACAAUUCACGAACAAAAACUUUGUUCAUUGUUUGAAAAUGUAUCAAACAUAUAAUAAAAUGCCUAAAUUAACAAGCAAGUAAACUUAAUUUACUUUUGUAGCAAUUACUUUCAACUAGUCUUAGGCGAAUUUGUUAUUAAAUCAAUUAUGACUAUUUUAUUUUUCGCCUCUUUGAUGCGCCACCAACGCCCUAGUCGGUGCUCCUGCCCCACAGCCGCAAAAAGUUUUGUGCCAUUGCUAUUAAACGCUAAGGCAUUUAUAAAGCCCGGCAUUGGAAUUUUUAAAAUCUCUUUUAGUUUACGUGAAUUGUCCAGUGACUGCCACAGACGAAUAUAACCGUCGCAGGAACCUAUAGAGUAGAAUUUACAUUAAUAAAAGAGUUGUAAAAGAUUAAUAGAGAAAAAA